AUGAGCAUCCCCACUCCCACCUUCGCCGCCCUCUCCGCCCCGGGCCUCACCCUCCGUGCGUUCCGCGACGCCGACCUCGACGCACUCAUCGCGAUCAUCUCCUCGCCCGACGUCCAGCGCACCGGACCAGGAAACACCGUCCCAAAGUGGAAUAAGACCGCGGAAGCCGUCAAGGGCAUAUCGAGCAGCGCGACCUUCUUCGCCGUCGUCGACCUCGAUGGCGCGGUCGUCGGGCAGGUCGAGCUGCACGGCGGGCAGAACAAGAACCGUGAUGCGGAGAUGGGGAUCGUGCUGCAUGAGAGCGUCCGCGGGAAGGGGUAUGGGACGGAUAUCGUGCGCUGGGUCGUGGACCAUGCGUUCUUGCAGCUGGGCCUGCACCGCGUGUCGUUGGGCUUGAUGGGUGGGAAUGCGCGCGCGUUGGCGUUGUACAAGAAAGUCGGGUUCGUCGAAGAAGGCCGGAAACGGAAGGGCCUCUGGCAGGACGGCGACUGGGUCGAUAUGAUCGACAUGGGGAUCUUGCAGGAAGAGUGGCAGGCCCUUAGGAAAGGCGCACAGUAG